GUGUGUGUGUGUGUGUGUGUGUGUUCAUAUUUUACUGCAGCAUAUGUUAAACAUUCAAUGAAAUACGUGUGAAUCAUGGAGAAACCAGUAACAGAAAGGAGAAACCCAAUUACAACAAACAUUGAUGUGUCAACACCUCAAGAAAUAGUGAAACUCUUAGAAUCAUGUGAUUCAGAAAUAUUUUCUGGUUGGGGAAAAUACAAGGAUCAAAACGUUUUCAGCGAUGUUGUACUGAAUACAAUUGCUACCGUACAACAACUUGCGACGUCUCUCAUGCAAGACCCUGUCCGAAGUGCAGUUGUCCUCUCCGGUUGCGGUACGUCAGGGAGGUUGGCCUUUCUCUUGGCUAGAGCCAUGAACAGCAGACUGAAAGAAACGGGAUCGAACGAACCGUGUUUCCGUUACAUAAUUGCUGGAGGGGACGAAGCACUGUUUACUUCGCAAGAACUUUACGAAGAUGAUCCUCAAUUAGGUGCGGAUUUACUGGAGAAAGCAACGGUGGAGAAAAGCCAAGUACUAUAUGUAGGCAUUACUUGUGGACUUUCAGCGCCGUUCGUGGCCGGACAGUUGGACUAUUGCAUCAAGCAUUUGACAAAGUACACGCCGGUUCUAAUUGGGUUUAAUCCUAGCAACCUGUCAAGGAAAACCAGCAUCGAAAAAUGGGGAGGGAAGAGCUUUUACGAUGUUAUGAAAUCAUAUCUUCCAGUUGUUGCAGAAGGUAAGGCCUUUCUAAUUAACCCGAUUGUCGGGCCUGAAGCUAUUUGUGGUUCAAGUCGAAUGAAAGGUGGAUCGAUUACAAAAAUUAUAUUAGAAAGCAUUUUUAUUCCAGCUCUUUUGCAGUCUCUGGGAGGUUUUAAUUCUUUAACGAUGCCUUCGAUAUUUAACAUAAUUGCUGGCUAUCAAGCUGUCUGUCGGAGUGUUUAUUCUAAGUCAGCUCAGAUAGCAGAGGCGAUAGAAUUAUCUGGAACAUGUCUCCAGUCAAACGGCCAUCUCUAUUACAUUGGUCAUGACAGCAUCGGUAUUAUGAGCUUAAUUGACGCCUCGGAGUGUUGUCCAACUUUUGGGUCAGAUCCAACGGAUGUAAAUGCAUAUCUUGAUGGGGGUUAUCAUACAUUGGCUAACCAAGAAGGGGAUCUCAGUGUCCAAAAUAGAGGGUCAGAUAUAUCGCUGAAAUAUUUUAAUGAAGUUGUCGCUAAGCAUUUCGAAGAAAGUGAUUUGAUUGUUGUUUUAAACGACGACGAACGAGAUGUUACCCUAACUUCACCAUCUUUAUCUAAAUGUAAAACAAUACAAAUUCAUUUAAAUUCCUUUGGAAAAACUAAACCCCAACUACAAAUAAAUAAUUCAUUUAUUAAUCUUGAAAUGCCUUGGAAUGAAAUCUCCGAUUUAAUAAAUUGUAAAGUUGCUAAAGAAUGGUCAACAGCAUUUUGUGAAUUUGCUGCUAAAUUGGUCCUCAACGCAAUUUCUACUGGAGCACAUAUUUUAAAGGGGAAAGUUUUUCAGAAUAUUAUGGUGGACUUGAAACUAAGUAAUAACAAACUUUACCACAGAGCAAUUGGAAUUUUAACAGAUUUCACAGAACUGAGUCAAGAAGAGGCAGAGAAACAGGUAUUGCGUGUGUUGUACGAUUCCGAUGAAUUAUCACAGGAACAGUUAUGUCAACCUAUCAGCGGACGUACACAAAUAGCGAAGAGGACACCAAAAGUGUUACCCACAGCUCUUUUGAUUGGUAUCAAUAAAUGUUCAGUAAGUGAAGCCAGGCAGAUAUUGUCUGGCCACAUUGCAGUGAGAAAAGCCAUAGCAGAUAAUGUUAGACAUACACAAUAACAUGAACCUCUCGAAGUAAACCACGGCAGACAAUAUUUGUUUUAAACAGUGAUACGGACCCCAUGAAAGGUAACCGGUGGAAGAUUAAUUUAAAACAAAUACAACAAUCAUAUGGAUUUAUUGACGGGCAAUUAAAGAUCAAUUAGAGAAAUAAAUUAAUAUCAAUA